AGAAAAUCCCCACUUUUUUCAUACCCCAACAAAAGGGGGAAAAACAAGAAACAAAAACCCAGAACUUCAAUCUCAUUACCCUAAUCUCUAAUCCCUAAAAUCCAUGGUGGAACUUUGCACUUCCAUGGAAACAGAAGAAUUCUCCAAAUUGCAACCCUAAAUUUGCUUAUUGUAUCUUGUUAGAGAGAGCAAAGUAAGCAACUUUCGAAUUUCGUUGCUAAAUUUAUUGUACAGUAGAUAAUUAAUUAGAUUUAGCUAGAAUAGCGAUAAUCGGGAAAUUAAGGUUUAAUUUUUUAUUCGAUUUGAAUAUUCUGGUUGUUAAAUUUUGAUUCUUUUAAGGUUAAGUUGAUUGUAGAUAAGUAGAAAUUAGGGUUAUGGAGAUGGCGGAGAGCAGUGAGAGAGGGAGGAAAGAGAGAGAAGAAGUGAAAGUGAAGUUGAAAACAUUGAAAGCAGUUAUGGAACAGUGUCAAAGAGCUCUUGAAUCUCUCAACGCCGAUGGUUUACACGACGAUGACGAUAAUUCUGAUGAUAACGAUGAUGAAGACGAUGAUGAUGGUAGCAAAGUUGUUGAAAGAGAAACUUGUGCUCGAUCUUCUUCUUCCUGUACCCCAGAUUAUGAAACAGAGGAGCUCUGUGAUUUGAUCAAGUCUAGGUUAGAAGGCCCAGAAUUUCUUGAAAGAAUUCAGAGUGCUCAGCUCUCAGUUCAACAGAAAAACCCAGAAGAAGGUAAUUCUUGGGAUAUGGUGAGUGAUAAUGAUUUAUGGGAAGGUGGGGAUGUUGAGGAUGAUCAAGAAGACUAUGUUGUUGUUCGACAAGAAGACAUUGUCGACGGGAUUGCGUGCUUUAUGGCUGCUUAUCUGUUGUCUCUUAAACAAACGAAGGACCUGAGUCCUAACAAACUUCAAGACGCUCUUAGCAAAACAUUCUCUAUAAAAAAGAGAAAGGGGAAGCUAAGAAAAGCAUUGGAUGGAACGAAAGUCAUUUACAAUGUUGCAUCCUGGAGUGCCACUGCAGUCGGAAUAUACCAAAAUCCCGCCCUUCUUAGAGUCGCUACAACAGCCUUCUGGACCUCAUGCCGUGUCAUAUCAAGGCUUUUCUGAAUUGUUAAAAUUUCAGUCAAAAAAGCUCACGAAAGGGCCGAGCGUGGUUCAUGUUUUCUGUUACAAUGUGUACAAUCCUUUUCACGUUUCACACAAUUCUGUAGAAAAGCAAUUUCAUUCUUUUGUGUGCUGGAUUGAUAGAUUUCUCAGCAGAAACAACAGAUCAUGUAAAUAUCUCUAUUUAAAUUUAAUUCAUCAGUUUCAGGGUGCUUAACAGUA